AUGGCUCCGCGAGGAUUCACGCUUCCCCCUGCAAACACGCAGUCGGCCAAGCAGGCGCGUAGUGCGUUCUUCUGCUCGCUGUGUCAGAAAGGAUAUAGCCGCAUGAACGAGUUCGAAGCGCAUGAAUCUUCCUAUGACCACCAACAUAAGAAGAGGUUGAAGGAAAUGAAGGAAAUGCAGAGACAGGUGCAGCCGAAGAAAGAAGAGAAGGGCCCAUUGAUGCAGAUAAAGCUAGGUCCUACUACGAAGACGACGACAUCAGGAGGCGGCGGGUUUAAAAAGGGCGGGUUCAAGAAUGCCUUUGCUCCCGUGGAGGGUGGGACCAAUACUGGUCCUGCCAAAAAGGAAGCAGAGAGCGAUGGCGACGUGAAAAAGCCUGCCGUGGAACCGGAGGACAGCGACAUGACUGAUGAUGACGAGGACUACUACGAUCCGCGCAGGCCGACUGGAUGUAUGCCCGGUUGUGCGAGCUAUGUUCCUGCUGGCGCUUGA